AUGUACAUUUACCUCAGUAUUUUAAAUCUUUUGACAGUUUGGAUAAUGAUGGCUCAGCUCCAGCAAGGAGGUUCAGAUGAAAAAGAGAAGACUACUGCAUUAAAGGAUUUAUUGUCUAGAAUAGACUUGGAUGAACUAAUGAAAAAAGAUGAGCCGCCACUUGAAUUUCCUGAUACGCUGGAAGGAUUUGAGUACAUUUUUAACGAAAAAGGGCAGUUGAGACACAUAAAAACUGGAGAGCCGUUUGUUUUCAAUUAUCGUGAAGAUUUGCAUAGAUGGAACCAAAAGCGCUAUGAAGCUCUUGGAGAGAUCAUUACUAAAUAUGUUUACGAGCUACUGCAAAAAGAGUGCCACUUGACGAAAGUAACUCUCCCAGUUGAUGCGACUGAGAGUGAACCAAAGAGCUUUAUCUUUAUGAGUGAAGAUGCGUUAACAAAUCCUGACAAGCUCUUGGUCCUAAUUCAUGGUAACGGCGUUGUCAGAGCAGGUCAGUGGGCUAGGAGACUUAUAAUUAACGAAGAUCUGGACAGUGGCACGCAGAUACCAUAUAUAAAGAGAGCUGCUGAGGUAAGUGAAGGUGUAUU